UAAAAGUUAAGCCUUAUUUAUUAUUAUAAUCUCUAUUAGUGAUUAUUACUCUUAACCCCUUAUUGUCUUCAAUUAAAUAUAGCAAUAAAGAUUAAGAAAUUAAAGGGCAAGCAAGAGAGGUUUAAUGGUUCUUAUUAAAAAAGACUCCGACCGUUAUGUCCGUUAAUUCCAGGGCAUUACUAAAUAAAGAAUAUCAACACUAAACAGAUCAUACAUCAUUUGAAGCCCUUGAUCCAAUAAACAAAUAAAACAAACUAAUUUAAAAAAAUAAAAAUAAAAAACCAAAAACUCCUUAUUAUAGAACAACAACAUAGAAGAUCCAAUAACCAAAUAAGAAAAACAAAUAUUAAAAAUCAUUUGCUUAAAAAAAACAAGUCUUUUUUCUGCUCAAACCUCCUCUCCCAGGAGGAAGGAAUGGAGAUAGAAAAGAGACCAACAAAAAACCAUAAACAUGCCAUUAACAAUCUUUUUCUAUCUUCCUCGCCAUCAUUCUCAUUCUCAUUACCAUUCUCGAAUAAUUGUUAUAGUUAUCCAAACUUCUUGAUGGCUUUCCUCCUGGUCCUGAUCCUCCUACCCUUUCACUUUCUCGUCCCCGCAGUUUCAGCUGCGGCGGCCACCGCUGCUUUUGCCCCACAAGACAACUUCCUCAUUGAUUGUGGGGCAACUGCUGUGGUCACCUCGCCGGAUGGAAGACUUUUCAAGUCGGAAUCACAAGCCGCUCAGUUCAUACAAGCGGCCGACGACUUCAAGAUCUCCGUCCCCAGCGCCGAUGUGCCUUCUCCUAUCUAUCUAACGGCCAGGAUCUUCAUCCAGGAAGCUUCUUAUUCAUUUCAUCUGACCCGACCCGGAUGGCAUUGGGUUCGGAUUCAUCUCUUCCCCAUGAACAACACCAUUUUCGAUCUUCAAAAAGCCACUUUCACCGUCACCACCGAUAAGUACGUCCUUCUCCAUAGCUUCAACGUCAACAACACUAACCAAGCUUUUGUUAAGGAGUACUUGGUCAACGCUACCGACCCACGUUUCACAAUCAAGUUCUCUCCCCAGAAAAACUCCGCCGCCUUCGUCAACGCCAUUGAGGUCGUUUCGGCCCCUGACGACAUCAUAAACGACGUCGCAUCGAACCUUUUACCGGUCGGAAACUACCCUGGUUUAUCCAACUACGCUUUCCAACCGGUUUACCGGCUCAACGUCGGAGGACCACUCAUAACAUCGUCGAACGAUACUCUUGGCCGGACAUGGACGAGAGACGACGUUUAUCUCAAAUCAACAAACUUAGCCAAAAACGUUGUCGUUUCAGCAACCGCCGUUAAAUACCCUCAAGGCGGUGCCCUAACGCCGCUAAUAGCUCCUCAAAUGGUUUACGCCUCCGCCGUUGAAAUGGCUGACGCCGGCGUCAACAAUCCUAAAUUCAACGUGACGUGGAACUUUAACGUAGACGGCGCUUUCACUUACCUUCUCCGUCUACACUUCUGUGACAUCGUUAGUAAAGCGUUAAACAAUCUUUAUUUCAACGUUUACAUUAACGGUCAAACGGCGAUAUCCGACUUGGACUUGUCCCAUACGUUGGGGGCUUUGGCAGUUCCGUACUUCAAGGACAUUGUGGUAAAUUCCUCGUUUGUAUCUAACGGAGUACUAACGGUCCAAAUUGGUCCGUCAAAUUUAGGGUCGGGAGACCUUAAUGCAAUAUUGAAUGGUUUGGAGGUUAUGAAGAUGAGCAACACGGUGGAGAGUUUGGACGGAGAAUUUGGGGUGGACGGGCGGCAAGAGAUGUCGGGUUCGCGGCGGGGGACGGUGGCGGCGGUCGGGUUUGCGAUGAUGUUCGGAGCUUUUGUAGGGUUGGGGGCAAUGGUGAUAAAGUGGCAUAAGAGGCCUCAAGAUUGGCAAAAGAGGAAUAGCUUCUCUUCUUGGCUUCUUCCGGUUCAUGCUGGUGAUACUAGCUUUAUGUCUAGUAAAAACUCAGGUUCUCACAAGACAGCAAAUUUCUAUUCUUCCACUCUUGGCCUUGGAAGAUACUUCUCCUUCGCCGAGCUCCAAGAAGCCACCAAGAACUUCGACGCAAACGCCAUAAUCGGCGUCGGAGGGUUCGGAAACGUCUACAUCGCCGAGAUCGACGACGGAACAAAAGUCGCCGUCAAAAGAGGAAACCCUCAAUCGGAGCAAGGCAUAACGGAGUUCCAGACCGAAAUCCAGAUGCUUUCCAAGCUCCGCCACCGCCACCUCGUCUCCCUCAUCGGCUACUGCGACGAGAACUCUGAGAUGAUCCUCGUCUACGAGUUCAUGUCCAACGGCCCCUUCCGCGACCACCUCUACGGCAAGUCCCUCCAGUCUCCGCUGACCUGGAAACAGCGACUCGAAAUCUGCAUCGGGGCGGCGCGUGGCCUCCACUACCUCCACACCGGAACGGCCCAGGGAAUCAUUCACCGCGACGUGAAGACCACCAACAUUCUCUUGGACGAUAACUUCACCGCCAAGGUCGCGGAUUUCGGGCUCUCCAAAGACGUGGCACUGGGACAGGGCCACGUCAGCACCGCCGUGAAGGGUAGUUUCGGGUAUUUGGAUCCGGAGUACUUCCGGCGUCAGCAGCUGACGGACAAGUCCGACGUGUACUCAUUCGGCGUCGUUUUGCUCGAAGCUCUGUGCGCUAGGCCGGCCAUAAACCCUCAGCUGCCGAGAGAGCAAGUCAACUUGGCCGACUGGGCCAUGCAGUGGAAGAGAAAAGGGUUGCUUGACAAGAUUAUAGACCCGCUUUUGGUCGGAGCUAUCAACCCGGAAUCGAUGAAGAAGUUCGCCGAGGCGGCGGAGAAGUGCCUCGCCGAGCACGGCGUCGAUAGGCCCACCAUGGGAGAUGUGUUGUGGAACUUGGAGUAUGCUUUGCAGCUCCAAGAGGCGUUUAAUCAAGGAAAAGCCAAUGAGGCCGAGCAAGGAGGUGAGAGUGCUCCGGCUCCGGCGACGGAUAACCGGCCGGUAACAUUGCCGGAGGAGAGUAAUAAGAGUCCGGCGGAAGUUCAGGCUUCCAUUGAUGAACACUCUGGAACUGCCAUGUUUGCUCAGUUUGCUAAUCUCAAUGGUAGGUGA